GAUCAAGUUUUGGGGGUGUAUUGUUUCCGCUGAAUUGCUGGCUGGACUCCAAAAAAAACAUCAUGUUGUCUGUGGAGACACCACCAUUCGAGGCGCAUAGACAAGAUGAACAAUGUGACCAAGAGGCCUUUCUGGAGGUCACGGAUCCGUCGCCCCAGGCGGCUGGCCGGUGGAAGGAGAGAUGCGAAGUGCUGGGAGGCUUGCUCUCCACACCUGCUGCUACAAGGUGGUGGUACUUUCAGCAGGCCUUCUGGCUGUACCUCUUCUUGAUGGGUCUACAUUCGGGCUGGUCUUGGUCCACCAACUGGAAGAAGGACGGCCACCAUUCAGAGCUCUCAGCCAUGCUAGGUGGCAUCAAGACCGUGGGCUUCGGCUUAUUCGAUCUGCUGGCCUUUCUGGCCCUGAAAGCCUCGCGUCAGGCAUACGCAUCGACACGUUUGCAGGCGUUGAUUCAUGAGGCACCAGCUGAAGUGGAGUCCUUUGCGAAGAAGUGCUGCUGCUUAGGGAUGUUGCAAGCUACAGCACAGGCUUUGUACUGGUUCCUCUUCAUCUACUGCAUGUGGCAAAAGCAAGACCGCGACCUGGCUCGUCUGUCGUUCACAGUCACGGGCGCAAUAGGGCUGGUGCUGUGCACCCCGGGGCUCUGUUGCGCAUUCUUCCCCGUGCUGCUGGGCUUGUGGGAUGCAGAGACCAGGUUGGGGGACUUUGCUGAAGAGAUUGAAGAGGGCCGAGUCCCCUACGAUGAAGUCAUUAGCAAACAUGGCAGCCUGGAGAAUCACAUUUCAGCCUCUGCCAAGGAGUUGUACUCCCCGGUGAUGUGGCUCUUGUUGGCGUGUCUUCUCUAUGCCUUGAUGCAAUCUUGCUCCGUUUGGUUGUGGAUCGACAAGGUGAAGCUUGCGCCAUACUCCGUGUAUGUGACCUAUGCCUUAGCAGUGCUGUACAGUGUCUCCUUCGCAGUAGGUUACGGCCUUUUCAGUGGUGUGGAGCAGCAACAUUCGGAGAUCACCUCUGCGUUGGCUGGCCGAAUUGCGGCGAGCCCAAAGGAUGCGCAGAUUGGGGCGAUCGCUUACUUGUACAUUCGUGAGAGACCCAUCAAGUGGAAGGUGCCCUUGAGUCCAAAGUGGCCGAUGGCACCAACCUUUGAGCGUUUUCAGGGCGCUUUACUGGUGGGUAGCUGUGCUGGGAAGAUUGGUGUGCAGCUGAUCCAAGGCCUGUUGAAGGUGCAGCAAGAAUUGUCCGCGCCACUAGAAGAGCGAACUCUGCAGCUGAAGAACCUGAAGAAGCUCACGCCGGACGAAAUUCUGCACGUGGAGGUCCAGAAAGAAGUGAAACGCUGGAGGCCGCACGUGCGAUUUCCGACUUUCGAAUGGCCCGUGGGACUUCCAGUCCCCUGGCGCAGGCCCCUGCCAGUGCGGAAAGGCGUUGUGGAGGGGCAGAAGAUCAAACCGCCUGACAAAUAUAUCUUGGCGGAAGCGCACCAGCAGUCGACUCCAGCCCUGGCGUUUCUGAUGGCCGGAGCAAAGAAGUGGCCGGCCGUGGAGGCUUGUGCGCUUUGGUUGCCCUGGAUCUUGCUCUUGCAGGCCCAUGUGCGGCGCCGCUUCAAGGUGCGCGCCUUCGGAGAGCCUCAAAAGAUCCUUCCCAGCGAGAAACGUCACGUCCAGUGAUUCGACGUUGUUUUCAAGUGCUACGCAAGAUCUGGGCGACCACUGCCCCAGAUCAAAUAGUUUAAUUCUGAGGGCCACGAAGAGUGACCACAUGUCACUAUUGAUUCCAUUGCGAAGUGACCGGCCACCUGGCAGUCAAACAGAUGAU